CCACUCUGAGGGAGGUGUCUCUUCUGAGAAGUAGGAGGAUUAAACCAGGACCAAAAGAAGCUAAACUGGGUAAAUUCACUAAGAUCCCACAACUCAGGAAAUCUCUCCCUUUCUGGUUUGUACAAACAAACAUACAUGUACAAACUAAACUAGGGAAUUUUCUGUUCUUGAACAAGUCCUUGGCACAUUUUUGGCUUCUGUCAAAGGAUUGUGCAGCAGGUACACUUUGGGACCAAUGCUGAUAACUUUGCAAUGACCUUCUCCUGUCCGCUUGCCUAUCUGGGCCUAUUUAUGCAACAUAUUUGUGGAUUUGUGAAGUCCUCACCAAGUGUGGAAAACAGGACAGACACAGGCUCUUCAGAAGAUUUUGUUUUCAUUUCAUCUUAUGGAGUAGCAAGCGAAACUGGCCACCCUCCAGUCUUGGAUGUGUGGACAAUCAAGGCUUGUAUCAGGAUGAAUGCUACAUUUAUAGAUCCUCUGAAAAAAAAAAGCCAAGAAGAAACCUGAGGUUCAAAAGUACGAAGGAAAGAGAUGCCAAGGAGGCGUUCUCAUCCGGAGCGCCUUCCACAAAGACGAAGCAAAACUUUCCUGCCAGCCAUGGACCAGCUCCGGAGAUCUCUCUUCGUUCUCCUUCAGAUUCUAGCACCUUUAAGCAUUAUGGGACAUCCUCUUCCAAUACAGGUACCUUCCCAUGAGAGGUCUAUACGUCAAGUGAAAGCUCCCCAAAGCAAGCUCGUAAUUUCAAGUUUCUUUGUGCGUGCGACAAUUGUGUCCCGCUAUGCCUCCACACGAGUGUGGCUUUCCAUGAGUAACCCUCAUCCUGAGGCCAAAGAAGCUACCUUUGACUUGGACCUGCCCCGUUCUGCCUUCAUCUCCAACUUUACUAUAACCAUGAACGAGAAGAUCUAUGUGGCUGAAGUGAAGGAAAAGCACCAAGCUAAGAAGAUGUAUGAGGAAGCCCGCAGGCAGGGAAGGACAGCAGCUCAUGUUGGCACCAAGGAUCGAGAAAUAGAAAAAUUCAGAAUGUCCACCAGUGUGGAAGCAGGAGGAAAAGUGGCCUUUGAGCUGACCUAUGAAGAAUUGCUUCAGCGACAUUUGGGGAAGUAUCAGCAAGCUAUCAGCAUCCGUCCCCAGCAGUUGGUGAGGAACCUCACAGUAGAAGUGAGCAUCUCUGAGAGAACUGGCAUCGACCAUGUCCAGGUCUUGCCCCUUCGCACAAGUCGACUGAUGACCAAUACUCUUCAAGGUGAAGCUGAUAUGCCACCAUCAACUCGAGUUGAGAAAGGACGGCACUGCGCUUGGAUUAUCUUCACCCCAACCCUCCAAGAACAGGAAGCCUUCUCCAGCUCAGGAAUCGUGGGUGAUUUUGUGGUGCAGUAUGAUGUGGCCAUGCCAGAUGUUGCAGGAGACGUACAGAUCUACAAUGGCUACUUUGCUCACUAUUUUGCCCCGAGGGGGAUGCCCCUUUUGCAAAAGGAUGUGGUCUUUGUUAUUGACAUCAGUGGCUCCAUGUAUGGCACCAAGCUGAAACAGAUCAAGAAAGCUAUGCACGUCAUACUAAAUGAUCUUCAUCAAGACGACCAUUUCAACAUUGUUACUUUUUCUGACACGGUGAAUGUGUGGAAGCCAAGUCAAUCCAUCCAAGCCACCACUCAAAAUAUCUGGAGGGCCAAAGAUUAUGUCAGCAAAAUGGAAGCAGAUGGAUGGACUGACAUCAACGCAGCUUUGCUUGCAGCUGCCUCCAUCUUCAAUCAGACUUCUUCAGUGGAUGGAAAGGUGGAGAAGAAGCCAAGAAUCCCACUGAUCAUCUUCCUGACUGACGGUGAACCGACUUCAGGAGUAACAGCCGGCAGUCGCAUUUUGACAAAUGCUCAGCAGGCUCUGAAGGGCACCAUCUCGCUCUUUGGCCUGGCCUUUGGAGAUGAUGCUGAUUAUGGGCUGUUGAGACGACUCUCGCUAGAGAACCGUGGGGUGGCCCGGCGUAUCUACGAGGAUGCUGAUGCUACUUUGCAGCUCAAAGGUUUCUAUGAUGAAAUUGCCAGCCCUCUGCUGUAUGAUGUGGAGCUGUCCUAUCUUGAUGGGGUUGCAGAAGACCUCACGCAGAACCUCUUCCCCAACUAUUUCCAGGGUUCUGAGCUGGUUGUGGUUGGCCGAGUGAAACCAGGAGCAUCAAAACUGCAGGUGCGCACCACAGGGCAAGGCCAGGAAGGCCCGUUGAACCUGGAAAAUGACAUUUCAACCAAUACCACUGAAGCCUCUCCAUUUGGCUGCCUUGGUGAGAUCAACAAGAUCGGUCACUUUGUACAAAGGCUCUGGGCCUACUUCACCAUUCAAGAUCUGCUACAAGCCCGGUUCCGAGCCAAUGACACCACUGCCCGGCGUCUCCUGACAGAAAAAGCUACCAAUUUGUCAAUCAAAUACAACUUUGUCACCCCUGUCACCUCAUUGGUAGUGGUGAGGCCAGAAGAAGCCAGAGAUAGAAACCAGCCUGUGAAAACCACAAUUCCUCCAGGGGUGACUAAAGCACUAAAAGCCUCUCCUCAAACAUUGGCUGUAUCUGUUUUGCCAAGACUUUCUAAGGCAGCUAAAUCUGUUCUUGGAGUUACUGAUGUCCCUGCAAUAACAGAAGCUUUCAAGCAAAUGAUGGGGACGGGAACUGUUCCAGUGAAAGCACCUAGGCUCUUUAAAGCAGCCAGAGCCACAUCUUCACCAGUUACCACUAUGUCCACCAUCACCACUCCACCUGUCUAUUCCACCAUAGUACCUACUGCCACUGCCCACCCCAAAUCAGCUAAAGUCACAAUGAUUCUGGGGAGAACAACCAUCUCUUGGAUUCCCUUAGCGAGCACUAGAUCUACUAAACCCCCAAGAGCUACCAUCACUCCUAAGUCAACCAAGUCGCCUGUAACCUUCCCCAAGAUCAGUCCCAACAGAACAGCAAGACGCAAGCCCACUGUUCAGCCACAUCCUGCACUGGAGACCAGAGGAACUGCCAUGACAAAGGUUGUGGCAAGGGUCCCCAACACUGUGGUCAAGGCACCGAAUGCUUUGUAUCCUUCUGCUAGCCCAAAGAUUCUAGAGAGCAACUCCAGUCGUUGGGAACAGCCCAAGAUGACCCCAUGGCCAGUUUCUGAGUACCACCCGUAUACCAAGUGGCAAGCAAGUACUGCCAGGAUGGAGACAGGGAAACUUCCCAGGAGCAAGACAGACACCAAGGAUGGGGUAACCUCAAAGUUGCACAUUGAUAGGCCCCAGGAGAAGAGCACAGUCUCUUGGGCCACAUCCCUCACCACUCAGGCAGCAGAAUUAAAGGGAGCAGCCAGUCCGGUUCCUGACUCCUCCACACCUACCUCUGACAUCAGCCUCCUCCUGCUGCCUGGAGAGUCCGAAUUACACUCAACCACCAUCCAGAACACAGAAUAUGUGGAAUCCUUGAAUCCUCCAGCUGUAUACAGCUUUUUGAUACCCAGCGGACUUGGAGAAAACUUGGAUUAUGGCGACUAUCCAGAUUUUUUUGAAGAAUCGGACAGUGAAUCAGACUCCCUGAGAGCGUCACCCAAGUCUGGCCACUUCACUUUCUCCUCUUGGGUGGAUGGAGACCCUCACUUUGUAAUAAAGUUGCCACAUUCACUGGGGAAUCUGUGCUUCACUCUGGAUGGUCGCCCGGGAGAUAUCCUACGGCUGGUGAGCGACCCUGCCACAGGUUUGUCUGUUAAUGGACACCUAAUGGGAGCCCCUUCAAGGCCAGGCCACGAAGAACGCCCCCGCACCUAUUUGGAUGUCAUCACCAUAGCAGUGGAGCACCCGCAUGCCAGCUAUGUGGUUAAUAUAACCCAGAAGACCGUGACACUAUAUGGCGAGGAAGUGCUGGUCUUGCCCUUAACUCAGCGGGCCGCAAUCCGUAAGCCCCCACUGGCCAUUUCCAUGUGGCCCGAGGUCAAUAUCACUGUCCAGAUUGGGUCCACUGUUGAAUUUCUUGUUCUGCUGCAUCACUAUAGUCAUCCCACAGUCCUGCAGUUGGAUCAUCUUGGCUUCUAUAUUGCGAAGGGCCAAGGCCUAUCAGCAUCAGCAGGCGGCUUGCUAGGUCACUUCCAGAAUAGCAACAUCAGCCUUUCCCCAGAUCCAUCUCAAGGGGGCAAAGUUGCCUGGAUGCAAAGCGAUGCAAACAAAGUACUACUCACUGAAGUCUCCAAGGUGCUGAAGGAUUCAGUCCAGAGGGCUCACGAAGCCAAGUGCUGGUUGGCGAAGCGCAAGGAUGUGGAAGAGUUGCUGGGAGCCUCCUACUGCUCCUACCUUGCCUCCAACCUGUUGGAAAUAUGAGCUGCCCUCUUCCAUUCUGUCUAGAAAAACUGAACCAGCAGGAUAGAAGACCAUUUCCCUGUUUCUCCUUCACUAUUUUGGUCGCCCAUGAUGGGGAGAAGAGGGAGAAAUCCAAGUUCUCCUUCUGGACCUUUACAGUAGGUGCUUGGAAAUGGAAUAGAUAUCGCACUAUAAUCAAAGACAGACCGAUUUCUCCCUAUGCUGUAGGCCCAAUCUAUCCCCAUGCUGUACUGUGCUGAUGUAACACAGAAAAGGACCUUGUGCUUAGCUGCAAAUAUGUCUUCUGGGCAGCAGAUGGAGGGAUCUUGAGUGUGUUUAUUCCUUCUUUUCUCUCCGAAAGGUCAAGAGAUCCUUACCUUGGCUUUUUUGGAAUUAGCACAACAGAUCCUCCUCCCCCCCAAAGUUCACAGCCUUAAUUGGAAUUGUUAAGAACAAAGAAAAGAUGAGGGUUUCUGUGGGCCCCAAAUGCUGCACUGAGGGUUGUGUGGGAUCUACUGCAACCCUUCCAAACUGUCCUUGCCGAGCUACCCUCCAUGAUGAAAAGCCAUCAAGGCAAAGGCCAAUGUGCCCUUUUCAAUCAAUGGAGGAAUAUAUACCAACCACAGUGCCACACAGCAGUAUUUCAGCUCAAAUCAAAUGGACCAAAUGUGUGCAAGAAAACUGCUGUUCAAAGAAACAACAGAAGGCAAAUGAUUUAGGCAUCCGACUUGCUGGCUCCAUAAAAGAGCAGCAGUCCUGCAAAUUUCUUCAAAUAGCAGAGAAAUACAGAUGUUACAAGGCAUUGAUCAAUUUGAGAGCCAUUUUUCAACCUGGCUUAAUACAUUCUGGACGUUUUUAGUUAUUCAACAAUCCAGUUUAUGCCAUAUUAGCCUUUUCUUUUGGAGUGUUUUGGCUUUGGACAGGUGAACAAUAGUAUGAAGAGUGAACCCUUGUCUUCCUUGUGGCAGGGUUUUCUGAACAUGAAACAUCCUGGGGAGCAGCUGGGAAGAGCAGCCUAUUCAAAAUACUUCCAUCACCAAUAGAGAAAAAUUACCAGCUUUGGUCAGUUGGAGAGAGAAGUUGUGGGUGGGUUGCUUUUUAACAUUUCGGAGUGGCCCCCACUAUUUCAUUUGUAGAUUUAAUCAGACGCCCCUGUAGUCAAAAUUCUUACGUUCUGGAGACUAAAAGUAGAAAUGGGAGGGUUGGCAGCUGGACUCGCUGCAUCCUGUUCCUUGAUGCGUCUUGGGAGUCUUUUGCAAUUUACUCCCAGAAAUCUCCCAUCAAUAAGGGAACUCAAGUUGCUCACCUAGUGUCCUAUGCAGGGAAAGCACAUGAUUUUAUUUUUUUAAAAGAAGGGAAUAAAAGCUAAUACCGUAAUGCACCUGUCAAAUGUUUUUGCACUGAAAGACCUUAGCAGAAGCAUAUAAAUUUUUUAGCGUGUGGCAAGCUGAGAGGCAGAAUCAAGUAAAUCACACCAAUAAUCUGACGGAUGUUAGUCUAGCCUCUGUCCAGGGAUUUUCCUUCCAUCAACCCUUGUAAUCCAUACAGAAUCUUACAUUAUAGCUGAGCGCAGACAGGCUCUAUUUCUCCUGCAGAAGGUUGGAUGGCGUUCUUCGUGAUGUUCCUGCAUUAUAUGUAUAUUUCUUUUACCUCUUUUGCUUGUCUGCAGUAAGAAAACCCUCAGUUUUGCAGCUGAGAGCCAUUCCCUCCUCCCCCCCACCCCCCCACCCCAAGUUCCUGGGGCCCUGCAGCACUCAAAGAUUUAUUGAACUUGCAAUUAUUGCGGGCUCAGACUCUCUUUUCAUGUGUUAAUGUGUAUUUUACAAUUCUUACAAUAAAAACAAAAAUUGCUGCCCGAGAUAUUAUUGUAAACCUGCAGCUGAAGCAAAUAUAGGAGAGCAAUUUAAGGAAAAGUAAAAAGGCAAUGACCCUUAGCUGGGAGAA